AUGGCGAUUUCCAAGGAAAACGUCUCGAGAAUCUCCGUUGGCGUCAUAUUCCUUUCCGCUUCUUAUGACACGACCUUUGUCUUUGGUGAGCCUUUUGUCGCUCCCAUCCGCCAUUAUGGCCAAGCUGACCCGCUGAACAGAUCGUCCGGUGCAUUCGGCGAUUCGGGCUCGCAGACCUAUGUCUCGAUCCCGCUCACGGAGACGUCCGAACGUUCGACGGCCCGGACAUCCUUCCCCGAUCCUCCCAGAGAGAAAGGCACUUUGAAUGUCAAAGGGAUCCGCGUCUGGACGUCCUGGGUUCUGCUUGCCGUGUCGUGUUUUCUGCUGUGCAUCCGUGUCGAGCUAUUUCGUCAGAUCACCCUCAAUAAUGAAUGCUCUCGGCCGGGAUAUGCAAGUGGGAUCCCUUUUCUAAUCUCGCUUUACGAUUAUGUGCGGCAUGAAAGAAGCAAGACGGUCAAGCGCGAUUCCGGUCCGGUGCGAACAAUCUUCAAACCCUUCCGUUUCCUCCUGCGAAGUAGUCUGCGCUAUGUGGUUCCAGCAGCGCUGCUCAUGGUUUCCGGUCUUCUGGUGUCGUCUUUUCAUGAUGGCCGCAACUUAACGUACAUUUGUCCUAUAGUCACCAAACUAGCCCUCCGCAUACGAACGUUUAAGAUCCUGUGCCUGGUGUUGGAUACCCUUCUCCUGAUCUGUGCUGCGGAGCUCUUGGGCACAGUGAGGCAUUCCAAACUCAGCAGAGGAAGGGAGGCGCCGAUAGAAUGGGGGGUUGGAUUGCUUGGUGUUGUCGUCUUUUGGACGAUCGUCGGCAUCGUGGCGCUAAUUGCUCUCCCGGAACAUCGAGCAUGGAUGCUUUCCGCGAGUUCGCACUAUUAUCGAGCUGUCUUGGCGCAGUCUAUGUUUGUGACGCUGCUCUGCGCAACGGCUAUUAUACUCAUUCCCCGCUAUGGCAUCCUAGGACUAUCCAUGUCCACCGCCUUUGUGGCCAUCUAUCUGUCUCUGAUAUCGAUUAUGUUGACCGGAGACCAUCCCUUUCCAAAUAUUUCCGUUCCCUUGACCAUCACCGCUCUCGUCACGCUCUCUGCUAGUGCUGCUUUAUUUGUUAGCGCAAACGCGAUAUCCGAAGAUGAGCCUCUGGUGUCCUCUUCUGCGACUUUCUGGUUGCUGAAGGCGGUGUUCCUUUUGUUCGGGUUUGGGUUGAUUGUGGCGUGUAUUCAAACAAACCAUCCAAAACUGCUACCAAUCGACCUGCUCAUUUACAACGGUAGGUCGCAGCACGAUCUGUGGCUGAUUCAGGCCAAAACUAGCACCAAUCUCGAAGAGGCUGUUUUGGAAUACAGGCAUCGGUACAAACAACAUCCUCCACCAGGCUUUGACAAGUGGUACGAAUAUGCAACCAGCCGAUCGUCGCUGGUUAUCGAAGACUUUGAUCAGAUAUACUCUGAUCUCCUGCCAUUCCGAGCAUUGACGCCUCAGCAACUGAGGAAACUAACUCAUGAAUUGGUCACGAACCCCUUCAAUGAUGUGGCAGCAAUCAGUAUCCGCAACGGUACUGCUCGAGUCCAGGAGGACAUCAAACCUACUCACGCGUGGAUGGUUGAAGCAGCGGCGAAGAUGAUUGAGCCUUUUGUCGAACACCUGCCAGAUAUGGAUAUACCCCUCAACCUCAACGACGAGCCUCGGGUGGUGGUGCCCUGGGAGGUUAUGUCGCAGAUGAAAAAUGAGGCCAAGUCGGUGACUGCUCUCCCCGAGGAAGAUAUUCUCAACGGCUGGUCGAUCGAUCGACAAGCUGGAUGGGGUCCCAUUGAACCGGUGGACCAGACGCCGUAUAGCGUGUUCACGGAUUGGGCUUUUACAAAUAUAUGGGAUCUGGUCAGUCGCAUCUGCCCUCCGUCCUCGAAAGCUCGGACGACGCGGGUGUGGGACCGACAUAAUCUAUGUGUGAGCUGUGUGCGGCCGCAUUCUAUGGGCCAAUUUGUGUCGGAUUGGGACUUGGCUGCGGAUAUAUGCCAUCAGCCUGACCUGGCCCAUCUGCACGGGUUUUUCAUCUCCCCUUCAUCCUUCAAGGCCUCGCAGCAGCUGGUUCCGCUUUUCAGCCAGAGCAGUGUGCGGGGAUUCGGAGACAUCUUAUUCCCAAGCCCGUGGAAUUAUGUUGACAAAGUGGAAUAUGCGCCGUCGGACGAGCACCCGGACCCGGAGUAUGCGGACAAAGAGGACACUCUUUUCUGGAUCGGCGCAACGACAGAAGGCAUGAGCAUCAACGGAGAAUGGAAAGGCAUGACGCGACAGCGAUUUUCUCAUCUGAUGAAUAACAAUACGUUUAGCAAGGUGUCGAUGCUGAUGCGCCCGGGGAAGAACCAGAGCUACGAGUAUCGGAUCAUGGAUGGAACGGCGCCGUGGAAGGAGUUUGGCCUCAGCACCAACGUGCACAUUGCCGAACCUCCAAUACGAUGUGUGGACUGCGAGGUCCAGGAGCAGGAGCUGCAUACGGUGGGGCGGAUGGAUUUCCAGGACCACUGGAAGUACCGGUAUCUAUUCGACAUGGACGGGGCGGGAUUCAGCGGACGCUUUCACGCGUUCCUGCAGAGUUACAGCCUGCCGUUCAAGACGGCGCUCUUCCGGCAGUGGUUCGACUCGCGCAUUACGGCGUGGCGGCACUUUGUGCCGCAGGAUCUGCGGCUGCACGAUGUGUGGAGCACGCUGGCGUACUUUUCGGGGGUCAGCGUGGAGAAGGACGAGGAGACGAUCAACCUGAUGGUGCCUCACCACACGGAGGGGGUAUGGAUCGCGGAGGAGGGACGCAAAUGGGCGCAGCAAGCGCUGCGGAAGGAAGACAUGGAGAUAUACUUUUUCCGACUACUGCUGGAAUGGGGGCGUUUGACGGAUGAUUUGAGGGAUCAAUUGGGGUUCAAACUGUAA